UAUGUUUUCAAGUUGUCAUUCAGUCUUUUAAUUCUUUUUCUUCCAAAAUGGCUCCUACUCGGAAUAUUCUUGGAUUUUUAAAUCCAAAAACUAUUAGUGCAGUUAUUUCUAGUAAUGUAUCUAGAACUCCUUGUAGAUUUUUGCAUGGCUGUAGAAAUAAUUGUGAUCAAUACAUUAGCGGCCCUAUUGUAACUGGUGUUACAUUUCCUCAUAAAAUAUUUAAAUGUAAUAUAGGUCACAAUUAUCGACAAUUUCAUACCUCACGAAGCUUAGCGAGAGCCGAUUAUUAUAAAGUCUUGGGUGUGUCCAAGAACGCGUCGGCAAAGGAUAUAAAAAAGGCGUACUAUCAGCUUGCAAAGAAAUACCAUCCUGAUGCCAAUAAAUCUGAUCCAGAAGCGUCGAAGAAGUUCCAGGAGGUGUCUGAAGCUUACGAGAUUCUGUCAGAUGAGAAUAAACGUAAACAAUAUGAUACAUAUGGUACUACAUCAGAGCAAAUGGGAAUGGGUAGUGGGCCUGGUGGUGCUGAUGGUUUCACUCAUCAGUGGCAGUAUAAAUCCACCAUAGAUCCCGAGGAGUUGUUCCGGAAAAUAUUUGGAGAUGCUGGCUUUAAGAGUGACACAUUUAGUGAUUUUGCUGAGAGCCAGUUUGGAUUUGGUGCAGCUCAGGAAGUGAUUGUGAAUCUGAGGUUCACAGAAGCCGCACGCGGUGUGAACAAGGACAUAAAUGUGAAUGUGGUUGACACAUGCCCCAAGUGUAUGGGCUCUCGAUGUGAACCUGGUACCAAAUCUAUAAAGUGCACAUACUGCAAUGGUACAGGAAUGGAAACAUUUUCACGAGGUCCAUUUGUAAUGCGGUCUACAUGCCGACAUUGUCACGGUACUAGGAUGUUAAUUAAGUUCCCCUGUACAGAGUGCGAGGGCAAGGGACAGUCUGUGCAACGUAAGAAAGUUACUGUGCCUGUACCAGCCGGAGUGGAAGACGGUCAAACAGUACGCAUGGCAGUUGGCAAUAAUGAGAUAUUUGUAACAUUCAAAGUGGAGAAAUCUACCUAUUUUAAACGGGACGGGCCCGACGUACAUACUGAUUGCACUAUAUCCAUAUCUCAAGCUUUGCUCGGUGGAACUGUCCGGAUACAGGGUCUCUAUGAAGAUCAUACAAUACAGAUAAUGCCGGGCACUUCGUCACACAGUACAAUCCGUUUGUCGCGCAAAGGCAUGAAGCGCGUCAGCCAACAUGGAUAUGGGGAUCACUACGUGCACAUAAAAAUACAGGUACCAAAAUCGCUGUCCGAAAAGCAGAAGGCACUUAUGUACGCUUACGCAGAAUUAGAAGAGGACACUCCCGGCCAAAUUCACGGGGUUUCAUACGAUAGAGAUGACAAAUCAAAUAAUAGCAGUAAAACAAACCAAACGGACAAUAAGGAAAACAUACAUCCAUUGAACUGCGAUUCAGAUGAAAGUUCUCGCGAGAAAAGUAAAUCUUGGACGUUUUUUGAGAGUCUAGCGGAUUCCUUUAGGAAUAAUAAACAGUAUUUCCUAGUAGGAUUCGGUAUGUCGGUCAUAAUGUGCCUGUUCGCAAUAUUGAAUGACCGUUCAGAUAGAUACGGAGUGAAUGAUUACUUGAGAGAGAUGGAUAAAAGGCCGGAGAGGGAAUUAGAUAAGCCUCUGGGGUACGAGAGGGCGUUACAACGUGACAGAGAACAGAAUCCGAAGUUGUAUGAUGCGUAAACUUGUAGUUUGAAAUCAGUUGUACAAAUAUUAUUUGAUAUGGUUAUAGAACUAGCAAAGAGUCAAUAAUUUAUUGUUAUUAUAUUUGAAUAUUUGCAUAUAAUGUUCUCUAUAUAAUUAUUUCAAAGUACUUAAGGUGAUUAAUAUAUUUCACGUCCAUUUAUUCUUGUUAUGGAACCCAAUUAUAAUGCUAUACGAAAUAAUAUUCAGUGGUAAUUUAUACAGAAUUAAUUAUUAAACGACUCCAUACAUAUGUCGUCUUGGCAAUUCUCUAUGGUAAGAACAGUGAUUAAUUUUGAAGAUCAUAUGAAUCGUAUAAUCGAUAAAAUAAUAAACUACAAACAUCGAUUUUUUUUUGAAUCCGCAAUAAAAUAUCUCUCUUAAACUGUGGUGAAUAUUCUGAUACUUUUCUAAUUUUCUUCACCAAGUAAUUUUAUAAUAAUUAUUAAUGAUUUAUAUGCCAUUAUCUCUAUCCAGCAAUGGACGGAUACUGGCUGAAAUGUUGAUGAUGAUAAUGAUGAUGAAUCGUUAAAUUUCUAUUUGAAUAAUGACCCAAAGUUUUUUUUUACCCACGCACAGAAACCCAAAAAGGUUAUCGAUCGUAGUUUACGAUCGCAAUGUCAUUGUAUGGCAAUGGCAAUAGAUUUUUGGCUUCUAGCGAACUUCUCAAGUGUAUCUCGAUUGCCAAUUCGACUUGUUGCCAAUUAUAAUACUAAGUAAACUAUUCUGAAUCAAAAUAUGAAAAAAAAGUACAUUCUUCGAUAUUAUUUGAGACUUAUAUUUAACAUUUAACAUUUUAUGGUAAUAAUUACCAUAACAAGCGGGUAAUAUCCACAGUUUGUUCCUUUAUUAGAACGGAUUUUAUUGUGUCAAUAUAAAUGCGAAACGUGAAAUAAUAUGAAAUUAAUAUUAGUCACCCUGUAUAUUUCAAAUCUAUUUCACAUCAGCAAUCUUUUACAAUAUCUCAAAAUGACGUAGUACCAUAUACCAGUUAUUUAUAUAUUUUUUUUAUGAACGAAUCCCAUAUUUAUUCUUAUAUGUACAAAGCUUUAAUAGAAUGGGUAUAACAAAUUAAAAUCUGUUAAUUGACAGUGGGUUUUAUCUUAAAGUUCCAUUCUCAAUUACAACGAGUAUAUUUGAAACUAAAAUUUUAUUAAGAUCUUACAGUAAAAUCGGUAUUCUAUGAAUGAGUAUGAACUUCAUACUAUAAAGUACACGUAAUAAAUAGUGUUUUUAUAUAAACACAUCACUUGAGAAAAUAUUAACCGGGCAGUGUAUUAAAAAAAAAUAGUCGAGUUUGCAAAGCAUGUUAAAACUAGCGAUUCGACCCGGCUUUGAACGGGUAGAUGUAAUUUUCGAAAUUAAUCAAUAGCAGGUAGUAACAUAACUCUGAUAAUUAGCUUUCUAUAGGUGAAAGAAAUUUUAAAAUUGGUUGACUAGUUUUUGAGUUUAUCCAUUACAAACAAUCAAAUUUUAAAAUCAAAUUUUUCUUUUUAAUAAUAUAAAUAAUUUAUUUAAUUAAUAUUAUAGAAAAUAAUUAGUUAAUUUGUAUACGUUAUAAGUAAUAUGAGUACUUUUGCUGAAGUAUUAAAUACUAAUUUUGUUACUAAAUAUUUAGGGAAGGGUACCUCAGAAUCGGUUCUAGUAUUAAUCAACUUAAUUAAUGAUUGUGUCCUACGAAAAAACCAACUUUAAUUGUGAAAAAACUUUUUUUUUUAUUUUGAUAAAAUUUGUAUGGGACCAAUCAGUAAGUAAAUAUCAUCAUCUUGUCUGAUAAAAAAAUAAUUUUUCAAAUCGGUUUACAAUUGACAGAGUUAUAAGGUAACAACAAAAAAAAAAAAAAAAAGAAAUUGAACCGAAUUCAAAACCUCUUUUAUUUUGAAGUCGAUUGAUUAAGUAAUUUUAAAAAGAAACAAUAAGCUGAAAUCCUAUUUUUCUUGUUGUUAUGGAUGGAUCUUCGUUAUUUUUUCAUGCAUACAUUAUUGAAACCAAUUUGAAUGAAAUUUUUAGUACAUGGAAUUAUUUAUUAUUGUUAGUUUUGAUUGAUUUAUUAGUAAUUUCCUACUUGAGAACAUAGAAUACUUUAUAAUUAUAUUUAUACUGGGGAUGCUAUGGCUAGGCUUCGUUAUACCCAUUCAAUUACAACAUACAGUUUAGUGUAUAUUUAUUAAUGAUGAUUGAGAACGAAUGAAAGUAGUGUUGAAUGUAGAGUUUAUCACCUAAGGGAUAUAGUAUGAUGGUCAUACAUGUAUAAUAGUGAUUUUAUGAAUACAUUAAAUUCAAAGCUA